UUGCAAUUGGAACCGCCAUUUGGCCUUUGAAAAUCUGUUGGCCACAACACACAGGAAGGACCAUGAAUGGAACGGAGAAACAACUUUCGAAGACGACAACGCCGCUGCAACCGACGACGACAAUGGCAGUGAUGAUGAUGAUGAUGACGAUGAUGCGGAUGAUAUUGUUGGUUAUUUUAGUUUGCUUGUAUCUCCCAACCAUGACGGGAAGUGGUAGUGGUGUCCUGCGUGCAAUGCUUUGUUCCAGACUCUUGGGGUGCAAAAUGUGAUCAUCACCAGCAAUUCAACGAGACUGUCUCAGAAGGAGGAGGAAAGUUUCGCCCAAUUGUUGUUCUUGUUGUCGAUGGUGCUAAUGCCAGUCUGGCUGUUGGUGUUAUUGUUGUUCACCAUGUGGGAAUCUAUGUGGAAGAUCAGAGCACCAAUUGCCGACAUUCGUUAUCAGUACAGAUGAAAUAGUUUUUCUUUGGGGAAAGCGAUAACGACUUACAAGGAGGGCCCAAGUGAGGCUCCCAAGCCAACCAGCCAACAACGGCGACGGCGACGGCCACCACGAGGACGUAGUACGUGCAAUACCACCAUCAGUGUGGAGCAAGUUUUCCAAGGGGAAGAACAACAUGAGGAGUUUAACACCCGUGGUGACACAAACAUGUUAUGGCACAUUGUUCAAUGUCAGCGAAGAUAAAAGAGAGCAUGAAGAUCUUCGCGAUUGCAUGCUGCCUUUGAAGUCAAUCAAGGAUUGACCUUAAGAGCUUCAUCUCCAAAAUUGCACACCGACCCGCUCACAACCAUUGACAAUGGGAUCUGGCGAAGAGACUGGUCUCUUGUUGAUCAUCUCCCGGGUGAUCUUCGUGUGAGGAUGAAACAUAAACCUCUAUGGACCACCUUCCCCGUUCCAUCCACAACUUCCAUGAACCACAUUUAUCCCGAUCUGGUUCAUCAAGACGUGAACCUGUUCCUCUACAAUGAAUCCUCCUCCAUCAAUAGCACAGUGUUCCAUGACGGGGUCCUCAACGAUUACAAUGACCUUUUCCCCAAUGGAACAGCCAUCGAGACGAUCUCGUCCGUUACCACCGGAUUCGGCCUUUACAUCCUCAGUUUCGUCACGUUUGUGGGCAACGCUAUGGUGUUGCAUGCCAUUCGAACAGAGAAACGACUUCAAACGGUUUCCAAUAUGUUUAUCAUGAGUCUGGCCGUGGCCGAUUUGACCGUUGGCCUCAUUGUGAUGCCAAUCAGCUCUGCCUACGCCAUAACAGGCGACUGGCGCUUCGGUCGAGCAGUGUGCCAAUUCUGGCUCUCAGUGGACUACACGGCCUCGACAGCCUCGAUUUUCAAUCUCUUCAUUUUGUCGUUGGACCGCUAUUGGUCAAUAACGUCUCCAUUACGAUAUCUGAGGAGACGGACCAAGAAGCGAGCCCUGAUUAUGAUUGCCCUGGCUUGGACAGGAGCUGCCAUGUGGAUGAUCCCUGUGCUGGGAUGGCAUCACUUCCUGUACGGUGGAAAGCGGCGACAACCCGAUCAUGUGUGUGAGACGGAGUUCGCCACGAACAUCACAUUCAAGGUUGUGACGUCCAUCCUGAACUUCUACAUCCCCACCACGUGCAUGAUCGUAUUGUACGUCCGGAUUUUUUUGGCCAUCAAAAGACGAUCCGGGGAUAUUGAUCGCCUGGGUGCCUCCUACGUGUCCAAUUAUCAAGGGCAGAAUCAAUCCAAGGAACACGAGCAAGUGAACGAUUCCCUAACUGACCACGAGGGACAAGCCGAACGGAAGAAAGAGCGCAAACAGCGACGCAAACAAUACCAGACCAGUUUGAGCACCGUUUGUCAGACGGAUCGCGACCCUGCGCUUCCCAACGGACCUUCGUUGACAAUCAAGGAUUCCAAUGUACAAGUAGUGACAGCUCUUUCGAAUGGCACAAUUCAACCCGCGGCGAUGUUGACUAAUGGAGAGCGAGAGCCAGGUGACACGACCAAGCAAUGGAUGGAAUUUCAGCGUUUGGGUGUGAUGGCCACAUUUACUACCACGACACCACCAUCCGAACAUCUCGAGCUCUACGAAGGUGUCAGGGUGAAGGUCGAGUACAUUUCGGAAGAUGGGGAGAGUGAUAAUGGGACGGAGACAUCCGCCUCAUGUUCCGUCGACCCCGACUUGUCAGAUGAAGGUGACGGCUCUUCCAACUCUUCAUUCUCAUCCUCGGGUGAAUCGUCGUCUUCCAUGGACAUUGAAAGUGAGACGAAGGAAACAAGAUCAAAAGAUUCUCUUCCUGUCACUUCUCCGGGUUUUAAGAAGGUGGAAAACCCCGGUGACGACACCACAUCAACCUCGCCCCAACGGAGGAGGAGGAGGAGGAGGAGGAAAAAACGGCGGAGGAAAAGAAAACGAUUUCCCAAUCGGCCUCCGACACCACGAAGACCAGUCUCAUGUCAGUGUCAACCGUCAAAAUCUCACAUAUCCUCGUCGCCGUCUACUCAAGUCCUCAAGGUCGUGGGCACUCCACUUGGAACAGGAGGUGGAGCAGUAGGCGGUGGAGACUCUCAAACCCUACUCAACCAAUUUGAGGCCAAUUCCCGUUCCUCUGUAAACUCGCAACCUGUGAUCCCCCGGCGUCAAACCCUGGCUCUGAACCAUCGCAACCAGCAGCAAAACCAUCCUAAUCCAAUCUUGGACGCCCUUACCGAGCCCCUCCUCCCCACGCCUCUUCUCUCCAAUCAUGUCCUUUGUUAUCCAUCAGACCCGAUGACGAGUAAUGUGACGACUGAGACGCCGCCAGGUAAUGUGACUCGGUGUGGAAUGGGAAAUGCGUGCCUAUCCCCGGUGACACCAACGGGGAAUCUUGCCUCUUCUAAUUACUCUGAGACAAAGUCUCAACAAAGGCCGCUACUCUCCACGGAAACUAAGUCGCAACAAACAAUCCCACAAAGGAGGAGGUUAAAACCCACGAGGGCGAAGAGUCCCUCGAAUGAUGAUUGUGAGGAUGAAUACUACUAUGACAACAACACCUCGUUAGGAUCUUCUUCAGAAGCCUCUAACAAGGUCUUUCAGGCGAGGGACAUUGUCAAAGCCGUGCCUGCUGUUCCGGUGAGUGACGGGGGGAAUGCUGUCACCCUGGAUGCUGUUGGUACUAUUAAGAACCUUAACUGCAUUAGGAGUGAGACGCCGACCACCAAAGGCAAGAUGACACCCAAUGCUUUAUUGGCUUUUCUCAAGAAGCCUGCUCUGAAAAGACCCCCAAAUAGACUUGAGGGUGGCACUUGCGACUUAAGUAGGCGGCCCAAGAAGCACGGAACAAGCCCUCCCAAAGACUCCACUCAGCCUGGGAACACGCAGAAGCUUUCCGGGAAGAACUCCAACAACUCGGGCGGCAAUCUCAACCGGGCCAAUCCCAAGAUAAUUCUGGCCAAGGAGAAGAAAGCGGCCAAGCAACUAGGCGUCAUCGUGGGGGCGUUUAUUCUCUGUUGGCUUCCCUACUUCACUCUAUUCAUGGUGGUGGCGUAUUGUGGCAAAGAACAAUGUGUCAACCAAACCGUAUUCACUACCACCACGUGGUUGGGCUACUUCAACUCAGCCCUCAACCCAAUCCUUUAUCCCUUGUGCAAUGUCAAUUUCAAGCGGGCUUUCAAGCGAAUGUUAAGGGUCCCCGGGUCCCACACCGAUCUGAUGGGCAAUAAUUUGGCAAUGCACCAGAAACAGAGGUACAACUACCAGCUCAACAAACGCCACAGUCACUCGCCCAAUCAGGACCUCCUCAAUAAUUCGCCCAAGGAUGCUUAUCCCCAGGACCGGGUCCAGACAGUGGAAACGGUCAUCAGAGAGAGGCAAGGGUGCUUAUUCAAGCCCCGCAAGGCCAAUACGGUGGCCAUGAUUAAUGCCAAACACUGAGAAUGUCACGCAAGUCGAUGGAGACGAGAUUUUACGUUGUUCGCAUGUCCUUCGACCGUGAUAGGGGUGAAUGAAAUCGACUAGGGUUGGCUAAUAAAUGAUAAAAUGCCUCAUACCAAA